UUUUUUCUUCUACACAUGACUGCUAGGGGCAACGACCCCAAAAGGGGUCGUCUUUGGCCACAAAUGAUCAUGGCAUUGGCCAUAGCUUUCAUUUCUACUACUGUGGUUUCUGUCAAUGCUGAUGUUUACCCUUCCUAUGAAUACAAGUCACCACCUCCACCUUCACCAUCACCUCCUCCUCCUUAUGAGUACAAGUCACCACCUCCUCCAUCACCAUCACCACCACCUCCUUAUGAGUAUAAGUCACCACCCCCUCCUUCCCCAUCACCACCACCUCCUUACUAUUACAAGUCUCCUCCACCGCCCUCUCCAUCACCUCCUCCUCCAUACUAUUACAAAUCUCCUCCACCGCCCUCUCCGUCGCCUCCUCCUCCAUACUAUUACAAAUCUCCUCCACCACCCUCUCCCUCACCACCUCCUCCUUACUACUAUAAGUCCCCUCCUCCACCCUCUCCCUCACCACCUCCUCCAUACUAUUAUAAGUCUCCUCCACCACCUUCUCCCUCCCCACCUCCUCCAUACUAUUACAAGUCUCCUCCACCACCUUCUCCCUCACCACCUCCUCCAUACUACUACAAGUCCCCUCCACCACCCUCUCCUUCCCCACCUCCUCCAUACUACUACAAGUCCCCUCCACCUCCCUCUCCUUCCCCACCUCCUCCAUACUACUACAAGUCCCCUCCACCUCCCUCUCCCUCACCACCUCCUCCAUACUACUAUAAGUCCCCUCCACCACCCUCUCCCUCCCCACCUCCUCCAUACUAUUACAAGUCUCCUCCACCACCCUCACCUUCACCUCCACCUCCUUACUAUUACAACUCCCCACCACCACCUUCACCAUCUCCCCCACCACCCUACUAUUACAAGUCUCCACCUCCACCAGAAAAGUCUCCAUCUCCAACUCCAUAUUACUACAAAUCUCCUCCACCACCAUCUCCAACACCUUACUACUACAACUCACCUCCUCCACCACCUUACUACUACAAAUCUCCUCCACCACCAUCCCCAACUCCUUAUUACUACAAGUCACCUCCCCCACCACCAUACUAUUACAAAUCUCCUCCUCCUCCAUCUCCAAUACCCCAUCCCCCUUACUACUACAAAUCUCCUCCUCCACCUUCACCCAAACCUUACUACUACAGUUCUCCACCACCUCCAUACUAUUAUAGCUCUCCUCCUCCACCAGUUGUAUAUCACCCACACCCGUACCCGCAUCAUUACAACCACGGAUUGAUCGUUAAGGUAGUAGGUAAAGUUUACAGCUACAAGUGCUAUGACUGGAACCAUCCCGAGAAGUCCCAUAACAAGAAACACCUCAAAGGUGCUGUUGUGGAGGUGGAAUGCAAGGCAGGGUGGAAAGUGAUCAAGGCCUAUGGUGAAACUAAGAGCAAUGGAAAAUACAGUAUCACAGUUAAGGAUUUUGACUAUGUGAAGUAUGGAGCCACAGUGUGCCAGGCCAAGCUUUAUGCUCCACCUAAACACUCCCCCUUCAACAUACCCACUAAAUUCAACGAAGACACCAAGUUGAAGGUGAAAUCUAAGGACAAGUAUGAAGUGGUGCUUAAGGCUAAGUCAUUUGCUUAUGCUCCAAAGAAGUACUUUAAAGAAUGUGAAAAGCCUUCACCCACUCCUUACUACUAUAAGUCACCUCCUCCUCCAACUCCCGUUUACAAAUACAACUCUCCACCUCCACCAUCACCAUCACCAAAACCUACACCUUCAUACUACUAUAAAUCACCACCCCCACCUUCACCAUCCCCUCCUCCUCCAUACUAUUACAAAUCACCUCCACCACCAUCUCCAUCACCCCCAUCUCCUUAUUAUUACAAAUCCCCUCCACCACCAUCCCCAUCACCACCACCUCCAUACUACUACAAGUCCCCUCCACCACCAUCUCCAUCUCCACCACCUCCCUAUUACUAUAAAUCACCUCCACCACCAUCUCCAUCACCGCCACCUCCUUACUAUUACAAAUCUCCUCCACCACCAUCCCCAUCACCACCACCUCCAUACUACUACAAAUCCCCACCACCACCAUCUCCUUCACCACCACCUCCAUAUUACUAUAAAUCACCUCCACCACCAUCUCCAUCACCGCCACCUCCUUACUAUUACAAAUCUCCUCCACCACCAUCCCCAUCAUCGCCACCUCCAUACUACUACAAAUCCCCACCACCACCACCUCCAUACUACUACACAUCCCCUCCACCUCCCUCUCCAUCGCCACCACCUCCCUAUUACUAUAAAUCACCCCCACCACCAUCUCCAUCACCGCCACCUCCUUACUAUUACAAAUCCCCACCACCACCAUCCCCCUCACCACCACCUCCAUAUUACUAUAAAUCACCUCCACCACCAUCUCCUUCACCACCACCUCCAUAUUACUACAAAUCCCCACCACCACCAUCUCCAUCACCACCACCUCCAUACUACUACAAAUCCCCUCCACCUCCCUCUCCAUCUCCACCACCUCCCUAUUACUAUAAAUCACCCCCACCACCAUCUCCAUCACCGCCACCUCCUUACUAUUACAAAUCCCCUCCCCCACCAUCCCCAUCACCACCCCCUCCUUAUUACUAUCAAAGUCCUCCUCCACCAGUAAAAUCGCCUCCACCUAUCUACAAUUAAGCUGCGAAUGGAAGGAUCACUCAUGAUAAAUCAUUUACUGUUUAAUUUCUAACAGAUUCUUGCUUUCAUUGAGGAAUAAAGACAAUCUCCAUUUGAAGCCAAGUGAUCUAUCUUCCUAUUUAAGUUUUUUGAAUAAAAGUCUGAAGGUGUCAUCUCUGCACUUCUAUACUCGUGAUUCAGACCCGAUUGAUUCUAUCUGUUUGAUGGUCGUCUUGCACGUUCCAAUCUUAUUGUGUUCAAAUGCCUCACAGAUCAGAACAAGAGAGAUUUGAAAUGUGAAUGACAAGUGAAAGUGAAAAAUAUAGUACACUUUUAAUUUAUUUGUUCAUAGAUUAAUUGGCCUGGCCAUGUAUGAUUGGUUUUCAUUUAUGCGGCAUUUCCGUAUUGUGCCAUGUCGUUUGUGAUAAGAAUGUUAUUACAUUAGAAAUAAAGCAUCGCAUUCAGCUUUUCUCUUCCCAA